CAAAUUCGAGUUAAAGUCUGAACAUGGUCAAUUUUCUUAUCAUUAAAAAAGAAAGUACAUACUUCAUCUGACACAUUGAUAUUGCUGUUGUAUGUCUCCUUCAAAUAAUUGAGUCGUAUAAAACUUUGAAGCUUUCAAAGUCCUAUUAUUUUUGCUCCUGCUGCUUCUACUACUACUGCUGUCGUAAGCAACAAAGCUUCAAUUUUUUUCAUUUAAUUGUUUGCGUUUCCGAAAAGCCGCAUUCAUCAGUCAAUUGCUGUAAUUUAAAAGAGUUGAGGUUUUUCUGAUCAAAUUUUGAUUGAGGUGUUGGAGUAGGGAGGGAAGGAUGAAGAAUUCGGCCUCGAAUGAAAGUUUUAAUUACAUUGAAAGUGAGGAUGAGGAUGAAGAGAAGUGGAACAGAGAUGGAGAUGAUUCAGACUCUUCACAUUCAUCAAUGGCAAUGCGUCAGGAGAGCAAACCUAAUUCAUAUAGUAAUGCUUGGCCUCAAAGUUAUAGGCAAUCCAUUGAUUUGUAUAGUAGUGUGCCAUCUCCAAAUGUUGGAUUUUUGGGCAAUUCUUCUUUGUCAAGGUUUGGUAGUUCCUUUUUAUCCUCGUCAUUAACUCAGAGGCACACUGCUGAAAUUACAAAACCCCUCUUACCAACGGCACCAACAGAUGUGGAACAACAACAACAAAGGCGUAGCUCGUACACUCUACUUCCUCCUGUUCCUGCAAGGAGGUCCUCUAUUUUAAAGAAGGGAGAUUCUGAGCACAAACCAUCUAGAAUCUCACAUGAAUUUCCAAUUUCACAGGGAAGCACAUUUGGGCAAGCUUUGUUAAAUGGCAUUAAUGUUUUGUGCGGAGUUGGAAUACUUUCUGCCCCUUAUGCUGUUAAGGAGGGAGGAUGGCUUAGCCUUGCAAUACUGCUUAUGUUUGCUGUUCUCUCUUUCUACACUGGACUUCUUUUACGUUAUUGCUUGGACAGUGCUCCAGGGUUGGAAACAUACCCGGAUAUUGGUCAAGCUGCAUUUGGCAAAUUAGGAAGAAUUGCCAUCUCGAUCAUUCUGUACGUGGAAUUAUAUGCAUGUUGCGUGGAGUAUAUAAUACUCGAGAGUGAUAAUUUAUCAUCGUUGUUCCCAAAUGCUCAUUUGACACUUCUUGGUUACGAGUUGGGUUCCCACCACCUGUUUGCAUUAGCAGCCACCCUUGCUGUACUUCCUACUUGUUGGCUGCGUGAUCUGAGCAUUCUGAGCUACAUAUCUGUUGGUGGAGUAAUUGCAUCAAUAUUGGUAGUCUUAUGUUUAUUUUGGGUUGGCUUAGUCGAUCAAGUUGGUUUUGUUGGUAAAGGAACAACGUUAAAUUUGUCAACCCUACCAGUCGCAAUUGGUCUUUAUGGCUAUUGCUAUUCGGGACAUGCUGUCUACCCCAACAUAUAUACUUCAAUGGCAAACCGAAGCCAAUAUCCAGCUGUUCUUCUCACUAGCUUUGCUAUCUGUACGUUCAUGUGUGCUGGGGCUGCUGUCCUCGGAUAUCUAAUGUUUGGCGAAUCAACCCAAUCACAGUUCACACUUAACAUGCCCCAAAAUUUGAUUGCAUCCAAGUUGGCUGUCUGGACAACGGUGGUCAACCCAUUUACAAAAUAUGCUUUGACCAUAUCGCCUGUGGCCAUGUCCCUUGAGGAAUUGAUACCGACCCGCCAUCUCAAAUCUCACAUGUACCCGAUUCUCAUCAGAACAGCUCUAGUGAUAUCAACUCUAUUCGUUGGUCUCAGUAUUCCAUUUUUUGGUCUAGUAAUGGCAUUGAUUGGAUCAUUACUUACAAUGCUCGUUACUUUAAUAUUGCCUUGUGCUUGCUACCUGAGCAUCUUGCGGGAGAAGGUGACUUAUCUUCAGGUUUCAGCUUGUGUUUUGACCAUCACUGUUGGUGUCAUCUCGUCUGCAUUCGGAACAUAUUCUGCUGUAUCUCAAAUUAUCGAGAAUCUGAUGUGAUCUCUUCAAAACCUUAGUAUAGUAAAGGUUUCACAUCAUACUGGUUACAUGGACAGUCAAUCAAUAUUGAUAAUGUCUCUUCACCCAAGCCGGAGACCCUUUUUGCUUGUUUGCCAGUUUUCGUGAUCAAGGGUGACACUUCUAUAUACAUGUACUUGUUGCAUUCCGUCCAAUGUAACGUUUUCUUUACAUAAAAUCGAUUUGACUGUUCGUUCAUAGUUAUAAAGUCUAUGGAUGCAGCAGCGGGAAUGAUUUUGUAUACUGUGUAGUGCUACUGACUUUUCUUACUGGCAUUAGGCCCUAGUCUUUUAAGCCAGAAACUUUCGAUUUUGUAAUAUUCUUCUUCUGAAUUUGUCUGAUAUGUUUUGCUCUAUUCUGUACUUCUUUUUCUGUUUCUUAAUGUACUGUUUCAUUUCUCAA